AUGCCCCUGACUAUUUCUAGUCUGAAAGAUGGAGGCAAGUCAUCCCAGGCAAAUGUAAGAAUAGGUGAUGUGGCUGUCAGCAUUGAUGGAAUAAGGGCACACAGAGUGACUCAUCUUGAAGCCCAGAACAAGACUAAGGGUGGUACUGGCUCUUUGAAUAUGACUCUGCGAAGAGAAUCUGCUUCCCCCAAGCCUGAGCUGGGUCCAAUUCAAAAAGGAGACCCUAAAGAACCCACAGUCACCAACGUGUGUUCUGAGGCUGCUCAGGAGCUAGCAGAGAAACAGAGAAGAGGACCCCAGGGUGACAGUAAGCAGCAAAAUGGCCCGUCAAGAAAACACACUGUGGAGCGCAAUACACAGUUUUAUCACAUGCCUACUCAUAGUGAUGCCAGCAGGAAGAGACUGAUUGAAGAUACUGAAGACUGGCACCCAAGGACUGAGACUAUUCAUUCUCGCUCUUUCCGAGUCCGUGCCCAGAUCUCCGGGACUGAACAUUCGAAAGAAUCUGAAACUGAUAAUGCCAAGAAGGCAAAGGAAAAGAUACCCCAUUCACGUCUUUAG